UAUUUUAUUACGUUCUACAUUGUUCGGGAUAAAAGGAACGUUUUGCACAAUGAGGACUCUGAUUCUGGUGAUCGGCCUGGUGGGUCUUUGUUCCUGUCUUCCGGUUUCUGAGGACCACCACAUUGAAGAGCGGUCAGCAAGUCAUGAGGGCUUCAGAUUCAGACCAUAUCCACCUCCUUUCAAUCCAUCCAUUCCGUACUAUCCAUCUUAUCCAUCCUAUCCACCACAAGGGAAUGAUCUGAUUUCUUUACUUACUCUCCUUCGAUUGCUUCCUCUUCUGACUCCCGCACCUGCUCCGGCUCCGGCUCCGGCUCCCGCUCCGGCUCCCGCUCCAGCUCCAACACCAGCAGGAGGUUAACGCGAUCGGAACAGUUUGAAUUAUCUUAAAUUGUGUUUUGUCAAGACAGACUCUGUUCAGACUGUCAAUUUAUUAAAAUAAAUACAUUUAUCAACA